CUCUAUCAUUCUUUCUUUCCUUCUUGUCCAACUCCAACCCCAAGCUGCCGGCCAAAGCAAACAGACUGUUUUUUUUGGUCAUUUCGGUCAUUUCCCCUUCCUUCCAUUUCAGUUCCCUCAGACUCUGAUAGAGAGAGAAGGAGAAGAGCAAAAGCCCUAAUGGCCUCUGCAACUCUCAAUUCCGCUUCUUCCAAAUCCUGAUUCUACUCUGUUUUCUCUACUUCUCUGAUCUCUAUUUUCCCUGCCUCCCAAACCCUAGGAGGAGCCCUUUCAUGACGACGACGACGACGAGCAUACCGGCCGCCGCGGGCGGUGGUGGAGGCGAGGAUCGGGUGCUGGCGGCGGCGCAGCAUAUCGUGAAGAGCCUGGGGAACACUCCGAAGGAGGUGAGGGAGGAUAUGCUGUUGAUCUUCUCCAGCUUUGAUAACCGGCUCUCGAAUUUGACGAGUAUGAUCAGCGACGAAUCGAAGGCGGACGACGACCGAUUCGACGCCGCGGAGAAGGUGAUUUUCCGGUGGGAGGCGAAUCACGACGCGAUGAGGAGCGCCGUGCCUUGGGAGGAGUCGCCGAACGAGUCGGCGGAGUAUUUGUUGGCCGUGGACGAGAUCCUCGGCCUCAUGGAGGGGUUGUCGGUCGGGUCGGAUCAUGAGAUUUCGGACCGGGCCGAGAACGCGAUCCAAAUCGCGAUGUCGAGGCUGGAGGACGAGUUCCGCCACAUUCUGAUCCGGAACACCGUCCCGCUCGACUCCGAGCGCCUCUACGGCUCGAUCCGGCGGGUCUCGCUGUCGUUCGCGUCGCACGACGGUGAUUUCGCCGAGGAGUUCGAGAGCUUCGGCGAGGUGGACCGCGACGCCGGCAGGUUCCACGAGCGUGGCGGCAGCUUAGGCGAUGACGUGUGCGUUGAUUUGAUACAUCCGGAUGCCGUCGUCGAAUUGAAGGAGAUCGCUUACCGUAUGAUUCGCUCCGGCUAUGAGAAGGAGUGUGUUCAGGUGUACAGUAGUGUCCGGCGAGACGCUUUGGAUGAGUGUCUGGUGAUUCUCGGAGUUGAGAAGCUGAGCAUUGAGGAGGUUCAGAAAAUCGAGUGGAAAUUGCUGGACGAGAAAAUGAAGAAGUGGAUACACGCUGUGAAAAUCGGGGUUCGGGUUUUAUUAUUCGGGGAGAGGAGACUCUCCGAUCAGAUUUUCGAGGGAACGGAUGAGACUAGGGAGAUAUGUUUCAAUGAGACCACCAAGGGGUGCAUUAUGCAGCUGUUGAAUUUCGGAGAGGCUGUUGCCAUUGGGAAAAGGUCGCCGGAGAAGCUGUUUCGGAUUCUGGACAUGUAUGAUGUGCUGGCAGAUGUGUAUCCGGACUUGGAGCAGAUGGUGGGUGAUGAAUUUGUGCUUGCUGAGGCAAAGGGAGUGUUGGAUGGACUCGGUGAUGCGGCUAGAGGGACCUUUGCUGAGUUUGAGAAUGCCGUUCAGGGUGAGGCCAGUAAGAAACCAAUGCUGAGUGGAGAGAUUCAUCCCAUUUCGCGGUAUGUCAUGAACUAUGUGAGAUUGCUGGUUGAUUAUAGUGAAACUCUGAAUUUGCUUUUAGAUACCGGAGAUGAUGAGUUACAGAGUUUGCCUAAUGAUGAUUUGGGGAUAGAAAGUAUGUCUCCAAUAGGACGUAGGCUUUUGCUGUUGAUAAAUAAUUUGGAGUCCAAUCUAGGGGAGAAAUCUAAGGUUUAUGAGGAUGGAGCACUCCAAUGUGUGUUUAUGAUGAAUAACAUUCAAUACAUAGUGCAGAAAGUGAAAGAUUCUGAGCUUAGAAAGCUCUUGGGAGACAAUUGGGUUCGCAAACGCCGUGGCCAGGUGCGCCAGUAUGCCACUGGUUAUCUUAGAGCUGCUUGGAGCAAGGCCCUGUCAUGUUUGAAAGAUGAAGGAAUUGGCGGCAGCACAAGCAAUGCUUCAAAGAUGGCUUUGAAGGAGAGGUUUAAGAAUUUCAAUGCCAACUUUGAAGACCUGUAUAGAACCCAGACAGCUUGGAAGGUCCCCGAUGCUCAGCUUCGCGAAGAGCUUCGGAUAUCUAUAUCAGAGAAGGUGAUUCCUGCUUACCGGUCCUUUAUGGGGAGGUUCGGGAAUCAGCUAGAGAGUGGAAGGCAUGCCGGGAAAUAUAUAAAGUACACCGCAGAUGAUUUGGAGAGCUAUGUGUUGGAUUUGUUCGAAGGGACACCUUGUGUUCUGCACCAUCUUAGAAGAAAAAGUACAUAGGAUGCAUUCUCCCUUUGUAACAGGACGAGUUGGAGGAUUUUGAAAUGCAGUGGAAGAUGGUAUAAGACAUCGUGCAAUUUCAUAUAGAACAGUGGUCUUGGCGAAAUGAGGAGGCUGUAAGAUGUGAAGGUCAGGGGCAAUAUUGAGAGGUCACUGACUUCACCUGUAAAGGGUAUUUUGCGAUUCAAGAUUAAUGUAGUCAGGAUUCAUAAAAAAUAGACAAAAAUCAGAAUUUUCAUAUUUGUGGCUUAUUGUUGGAGCAGUAUGUAGGGGAUGAUCAUAUAAUGUGGUCAUGAUUCAUCAAAAAGAGACAAAAAUCAGAAUUUUCAUAUUUGUGGCU